AUGGCCGAAUCACUCACUACGCCCGACAUGUCCGCAAAGGGGAAGUUUGGGAUUACUCCCGGUCAAAGCAUACUCGCCAUGUCGAUUUUGGGAUUCCUGCCGUUGUUCGCGAUGUUCGCUGGUCCGAAGCUAUUACAUUGGGUCGGAGGUGUUAUGGGGAGUUAUUUGAAGAAGAAAACUGCAGGCAGGAAAGCACAGAUAUUGGAAUUGGUGGAGAAAGAUCAGAAGGAAUGGGAGGAAACGGCGGCAAAGGACGAAGGACGGAGGGAUAGCGAUGAGUGGGAGACGGUGGAUGCCUAUGCCGUUGGAACGGCGAAGAAUGGCCAGAAAUUGGAAGAUGCAGAAUGGGACGGGAUUGUGGGCUUCUUCCAUCCCUUCUGCAAUGCUGGUGGUGGGGGUGAACGAGUUCUUUGGGCUGCAAUCAGAGCCACGCAGAAACGCUGGCCGAAAGCAAAAUGUGUUGUCUAUACCGGCGACCACGAUGUAGACAAGAAUGCCAUCAUUGAUCGAGUAAAGAACCGCUUCAACAUCGCCCUCCACCCUCCCACCGUAACCUUCCUCUACCUCUCUACCCGCUCCUGGGUUCUGGCCUCAUCCUGGCCACAUUUUACCCUCCUUGGACAAUCCAUCGGUUCUGUAGUCCUAGCCUGGGAUGCCUUUUCCCUACUCCCUCCCGAUAUCUUCGUCGACACAAUGGGCUACGCUUUCGCGCUUGCCUUUUGCAAAAUCCUAUUCCCCAAAGUGCCGACAGGCGCAUAUGUCCACUACCCUACCAUCUCCACCGACAUGCUGAGCUCCCUCGACCCAACAUCUGCGACAGGCACGCAAGGUGUAAAUGCUGGCAAAGGCCAAGGAACGGCAGGGCAAUUGAAGAAGCUAUACUGGGAGCUGUUCGCAAAGCUGUAUUCCGUGGUCGGGACAUCGAUCGACGAGGUGAUGACAAAUUCCAGCUGGACACUAGGACAUAUUAACUCCCUCUGGGGCGAUUGGCGCAAAGAUUAUCACAAGUCCAAUCCGGCCGUCCUCUACCCACCGGUCGCCGUUGAGGAACUAGAGAAGGAAGUCGAGGUAUCCAGUACCAGCGAAGCAAAGCGCGAGAACUUCUUGCUUUACAUUGCACAGUUCCGCCCCGAGAAGAACCAUAACCUGAUAGUAGAGGCCUUUGCGAAAUUUAUCGCCACCAAGACGCCGGCCACGAAGGACGCGAAGCUGGUUCUGGUCGGCAGUGUACGGGACGAUUCCGAUUCGAAGCGAGUGUAUAAGCUGAGGUUAUUAGCCAAUGAGCUGCAGAUCAAGGACCGCGUAGAGUUCUACCUGGAUGCUUCCUGGCCCGAGAUCUUGGAGUGGCUGAGACGGGCCAGUGUCGGUGUCAACGGGAUGUGGAACGAGCAUUUCGGCAUCGGAGUUGUGGAGUACCAAGCCGCGGGUCUAAUCUCCGUCGUCCACGAUAGCGGUGGACCGAAGCGAGAUAUCGUUACCCCUAUCGAGGGGGAGCCAACAGGUUUCCACGCCACGACAUCAGACGAGUUUGCGGCCGCCUUUGAAUCCGCACUGUCCUUUGAGGACAAACUAUCCAUGCGUCUCCGGGCGCGGCAAUCAGCGAAGCGGUUCACGGAGGAGGAGUUCGUGAAGGGAUGGAUUGCGGUAAUGGAGAAGCUGGUCGAUUUGCGGAUACGGCUGGCGAAGACGAAGGCGAAGGCGAAGCAGUCGUAG